UGCGAUAUUAUAUUUUAAAAAAUAAUCACCUCGAAACGGACGUGUUUUACCUAUAAACACAUAAUCCUAGUAUAGUGUUAAUUCUUUAUUCAGUUAAAAAUUACCAUGAUUUUAUGGACAAUAUUCUUUAUAAUAGUGAUAUUAGUCAUGACAGUAAAAAUUUAUCAAAAAUUAACUCAUGCUAUAUGUAAGUCGAGUGCUCACAUGGUCGGAAAAGUGGUUAUAGUGACAGGAGCUAACAGCGGUCUGGGAUUCGAAGUAGCAAAAGAUUUGGCGUUCCGCGGUGCAAGAGUGAUAAUGGCCUGCAGGAACAUGCGCCUCGCGGAAGCAGCUAAAGAAUUAAUCGUUAAAGAAACAGGAAACACAGACGUUCAUUGCCGACAGUUGGACUUGGGUUCGCUCCGCUCCGUUCGUGAGUUUUGUGAUAAUAUAAUAAAGACAGAGAAAAGAAUUGAUGUACUCAUCAAUAAUGCAGCAUCGGGCGGUCUAGGAAAUUAUACCAGUGAAGAUGGCCUCCAAAUUGGUAUGCAGGUGAAUUUUUACGCGAGUUUCCUGCUAACCUGUCUUUUACUACCACUGCUGAAAAAAUCUGCUCCUAGUAGAAUUAUUAACUUAUCUUCCCUUAUACAUCAUUAUGGCAUACUUGAUUUCGAUAAUUUAAAUAUGGAGAAGUAUUGGAGUGAUCAACUCGUGUAUGCGAACAGUAAACUUUUUAUGAAUUUAAUGACUUUGGAACUGAGUAAGAGGUUAAAAGCCACCGGUGUCACUGUCAACGCGGUGCAUCCGGGAGUAUCUGCAACGAAUAUUUUCAGAAACAUUCCUUACUACUAUGUCCGUUGUUUGGUUGAAAGGAGUAUAAGAUUUAUGUUCCAAACGCCUUGGGAGGCUUCACAGACUUGUAUAUACUUAGCGGUGUCACCGGAGGUGAGUGGAGUUAGUGGGAAAUAUUUCAGCGAUUGUCGUCAGAAGAAGCCGUCAAAAACAUCACAAGACGGAGAUGCCGCGAGACGGCUUUGGGCGGAGUCUGAAAGAUUAGUUAAAUUUACUUUGCCGGAAAAAUAAAAUACUCUGUAAUACUUAAGCGCUGAUACUUCAAUACAUAAAUAUGUAUGUGUGAAUAAUAAUUUACAGGAACGCUUUGUGUGUAUCAGUUAUAUAUGAAUUGUAAACGAGAGACUGAAUCUUUACCUCAGUUCAUUAUUUAAUGUUAAGCAUAAUUUAACAUAGAUCCUAUUCAAUACUAGUGUUUCUAGAGAGUACAUACAUACAAAGCACAGGUAAAUAUUAAUAGCAUGUAGCUUUCAGUUCGAGUUGGUUGUGCUAUUUUAUAGUUAUAUAGUUAAUAGAAAAAUAUAUAAAGUGUAAAUAAAUGAGAGGUGAUUUUGUUGCAUUAA